CAUACUAGGUAGUACGGUAGUGUGCGCAACCUUUAGGACUUCAAUUUUGGUUGAAAACACGCUGUAUGAAGAAGUGCGUUAUACAUAACCACCACUCCAGCUCGUUGGCCCCUGUGAGGUAAUGUCGACUUUAUCUGCUGCUAGUGUUGAGCCCACUGGUGCAAUCGAGGGGGCACAAGAGAAGAAACCUUUAAAGCCAUGUUGUGCAUGCCCAGAAACCAAAAAAGCAAGAGAUGCCUGCAUCAUUGAAAAGGGAGAGGAAAAAUGCACACAUCUUAUUGAGGCUCAUAAGGAGUGUAUGAGGGCGCUUGGCUUUAAAAUAUAAUUGUAAUGCACAGAAAAUAAAGGGGAUGGGUCAGCUGCACCAUGGGAUCGGAAAUACCAAUAAUCUGUUUAUUCUGCUGAGAGAAGACUUCUAUUUAAAAUGAAUGAUCUGAAUAAAAAUAUGAUGCCUCUUUGUUUUGUUUAUUUCAUUUUAUGUCUUAAUAUAAACUGCACAUUGUAAGUUGGGCUCAGGGCAACAUCAUUUUUUCCAGUACAAUGCUCCAUCUUUAAAAAUAAAAAUAAAUGUGAAAGCACUGUAUACCUUACAUGUACUACAAUUAAAGGAAUUUUACAAAGAGUG